UUUCCCCAAUAAACGGUCUUGGCUUUUCCUUUAUCACAACUCUCAACUUUCCUCUCACCCCCCUUCUUUUCUCUCCCCAUAUAUUUCCUUGUAAACAUUCCACAAAACUCACUUUCCCAACCCCCUACAACUCAAAUCACUUCAUGCAAUGACUAUCAACUAUACGGUCACAAACGGGCUAUCUGUGUCUCAGCCCCCCACACACAAAGACGACCAGCAUAAGACAUUAGUUUUCGAUGCAACAAUCUUGCAACACCAAUUUGACAUACCGCCCCAAUUCAUAUGGCCCGUCCACGAGAGGCCUCGUGCCGACCCACCAGAGCUUCAUGUGCCACUCAUAGACCUAGGCGAAUUCCUGUCUGGAAACCUUACUGCCGCCAAACGAGCGUCCCAGCUUGUGGGGGAGGCAUGUCGAAAGCACGGUUUCUUUCUAGUAGGGAAUCAUGGUGUUAGUACCGAUCUCAUAUCUCACGCUCAUCAUCAUAUGGACCGUUUCUUCGAGCAAACCCUUCAUGAGAAGCAAAGGGCUCUAAGGAAGGUAGGAGAGCUUUGUGGGUAUGCUAGUAGCUUCACCGGAAGGUUCUCUUCCAAACUUCCAUGGAAGGAAACUCUUUCUUUUCAAUACUCGGCACAACAAGACUCAUCUCACAUUGUGGAAGAGUACUUCAAGAGGAGCUUGGGUGAAGAUUUUGCCCACUCGGGGAAAGUCUACCAAGACUAUUGUAGUGCCAUGAGCAAACUCUCUCUAGGGAUCAUGGAACUAUUGGGGAUGAGCUUGGGCGUCAGGCCGGAUCAUUUCAAACAAUUUUUUGAAGAAAAUGAGUCGAUAAUGAGACUGAACUACUAUCCACCGUGCCAAAAACCAGACCAGACGUUAGGCACCGGACCACACUGUGAUCCGACAUCACUUACUAUCCUUCACCAAGACACGGUUGGUGGACUGCAAGUGUUUGUGGACGACGAAUGGCAGUCCAUUAGUCCCAACUUGGAUGCUUUUGUAGUCAACAUAGGCGACACAUUCAUGGCACUUUCAAAUGGGAGAUACAAGAGCUGUUUGCACAGGGCAGUGGUGAACCAUGAGAGUCCUAGGAAAUCUCUUGCUUUCUUUCUGUGUCCAAAGAAGGAUAAGGUGGUGAGGCCACCACAUGAACUGGUGGACAGCAAUAAUCCUAGAAAAUAUCCCGACUUCAGGUGGCCAACCCUCCUUGAGUUUACACAGAAACAUUACAGGGCUGACAUGAAUACUCUACAUACUUUCUCAACCUGGAUCCAACAACACCAGAAUUCUUGAUUAAUCGCAUGCAUAAUUAAUUAUCAACCCAGCUUGUUUGUUCUGUUGCCAUAGACAGUUUAAGGAAACAAUUGGGAUGAAGGGGAGAAUGGAUCGAUGUCAGAGUAUGGAGAAAUAGGCAGUGUUUAAUUAACCUAUUGCAAUGUAAAAGAAUGUGAAUAAAGGUACAAUAAAUUUAUGCUUUCUGGGGGCAAUUUUGUAAUUUCAUUACAUCGCUGCACGAGCGCAUAUAUGUAAUAUAAUAUGUAAGGGAAAAAUGUAUUAAAAGCCCACAUGCAUUCCUUUGUGCUGCA